AUGUCUUCUUCUUCGCAGAAGAAGGAAUUCCUCGUUAUCAUCCCGGAUAAGCCCGGUGUGGGAGCGAAGAGGAUUGAGGUUCGGCCCACCCACAAAUCCGGCCUCAAACCCCUCGUUGAAUCCGGCUCCAUCGUCGCCGGCGGCGCCAUGUUCCAAGACCAACACCCCGCGGAAGGCCAAACGCCCAAUUUCAAAGGAAGCAUGAUCAUCGUCAUGGCGAAUACCGCCGCUGAAGCGAAGGAGAUUCUUUCCAAGGAUGUUUAUGUUACGGAGGGUGUGUGGGAUUUUGAUGCUGCGCAGAUUAUUCCGUUCCAAUCAGCUGUGCGGAUGCCGCUUGCGUAA